AUGAAGAAGUUUAAUUUCCGAAAGGUGUUGGACGGUUUGACAGCAGCGUCCUCGCCGGCUCACUCUGGCAGUGGCGGCGGCAGCGGAGCUGGAGACUCUGAGAUACCGGAGACACUCACAUCGGAACACUUCCAGAUCUGUAAGACGGUGCGUCAUGGCUUCCCCUGUCAACCGACUGCCUUAGCUUUUGAUCCAGUGCAAAAAAUCUUGGCCAUUGGGUGCCGCACAGGAGCACUACGAAUACUAGGUCGUCCUGGUGUCGAUUGCUACUGUCAACAUGAUAGUGGGGCAGCUGUGUUGCACCUUCAGUUCCUGAUCAAUGAGGGAGCUUUAGUAAGUGCUUGUGCAGAUGGCAUACUUCAUUUAUGGAAUCUUCGACAAAAGCGUCCAGCAAUCCUUCAUUCACUCAAAUUCAAUCGAGAAAGGAUUACCUGCUGCCAUCUCCCUUUCCAGAGUAAAUGGUUAUAUGUGGGCACAGAGCGAGGAAACACAUAUGUUGUGAACAUUGAAUCUUUUGUCCUGUCGGGAUAUGUCAUCAUGUGGAAUAAGGCAAUAGAACUGUCUACAAAAACUCACCCUGGCCCUGUUGUUCAUUUAAGUGACAGUCCAAGGGACGAGGGGAAACUACUCAUGGGAUUUGAAAGUGGAACAGUUGUGUUGUGGGACAUAAGGUCAAAAAGGGCAGAUUUCAGAUUUUAUUACGAUGAGGCCAUCCAUUCUGUCAGCUGGCAUCAUGAAGGGAGACAGUUCAUGUGUAGCCAUUCAGAUGGUAGUUUAACCCAAUGGAACUUGAAAAAUCCAAGCAAACCUUUUCAGAUCAUAGUACCACAUGGAAAAGUCCAGCGGGAUGGGAAAAAACCUGAGCCGUGUAAACCAAUCCUAAAAGUAGAUCAUAAGACGUGUAGAUAUAGUGAACCAUUUAUAAUUUUUUCUGGAGGACUUUCCUAUGAUAAAGCGUGCAGAAGACCCAGCCUGACAAUUAUGCAUGGCAAAUCCUUUACAGUUCUAGAAAUGGAUUAUCCAAUUGUGGACUUCCUAGCUCUUUGUGAAACACCAUAUCCAAAUGAAUUCCAGGAACCUUAUGCAGUGAUUGUGCUCCUUGAAAAAGAUUUGAUUGCUGUUGAUCUUACGCAAAGCAACUUUCCUAUCUUUGAGAACCCAUAUCCAAUGGAUGUGCAUGAGUCUCCAGUGACGUGCUCUGAGUAUUUUGCUGAUUGCCCUCCUGAUUUGAUACCUGCACUUUAUUCCGUGGGAGCUAAACAACAAAAAAAGCAGGGAUAUAGCACAAAGGAAUGGCCAAUCGGUGGUGGAACAUGGAAUUUGGGUGCACAAACAUAUCCUGAAAUCAUCAUAACUGGGCAUGCAGAUGGCUCAUUGAAAUUCUGGGAUGCUUCUGCCAUAACUCUUCAAGUAUUGUACAAGCUGAAAACCUCCAAAGUGUUUGAAAAGCAGAAAGUGAAAGAUGCAAAGCAAAUUGCAGAGAUUGUAGAAGAGGAUCCCUAUGCUAUACAGAUGAUCAGUUGGUGUCCAGAGAGCAGAAUUUUCUGUGUCGCAGGCAUUUCGGCACAUGUAAUUGUUUACAGAUUCAGCAAGCAUGAAGUUACGACUGAGUUAGUGGCUCUAGAACUGCGAUUACAGUACGAAGUUGAAGAUAUUGUUACUCCUGAACCCGAAUCUGUACCGUCAAUCACUGAUACUUCUUCACAGCUUUCCUUCUCAAAGACUCCAGCAUUAUCUGGUAGUGCAAAUGCAUUAACACCAGAAGGAGUAAAGGACAACAUCCCAUGUCUCAAGGUGAAAACUCGUCCUGUCAAAAUGACUCCUGGGUACCAGGCUGACCUUGUCAUUCAGCUGGUCUGGAUAGAUGGAGAACCACCUCAACAAAUCACAAGCCUAGCAGUGAGCUCUGCCUAUGGCCUUGUGGCAUUUGGAAACUGUAAUGGUUUGGCUAUUGUGGACUUUAUGCAAAAGACCAUUCUACUCAGCAUGGGAACUAUUGAACUUUAUGGUACAAGUGACCCAUUUCAAAGGCAGCUUAGAUCUCCCCGAAAAAGCAAGCAGCUCAAUGCAGAAACUCUUUGCAUGCGAGGCUUGUGUAGUUUAUACUCACUGAAACGACUCCGUACAUCUUAUCAGAGUUUGACUGAACUUGUGGAUAGCCCAAUAUCACUGGAUAUUGAACGCUGCAAAUCUCCCACAUCAGUAAAAGGACCAAGAAAGUUAAGUCUGCCGACAGAUCUUAAGACUGAUCUCGAUCAUGUCAACGGAGUCUGCACAAGCCCUAUUUCCCAAUCAUGCAAUACCGGGAAGCGCCUCUCCAUUGCUGAUACUUCAAAGCUGAACCGCCGCGGACCAGGCCGACCGCCUUUUCGAAAAGCACAAUCAGCUGCCUGCAUGGAAGUCUCAUUGCCUGUCACCCACGCAGAAGGCCACACUUCCAGACGGGCAAUGCUUCAGCAAUUGCACGGCAUCAGUAUUUUCUCUCACGAUGAGCACCAUGCUUCCUCAUAUUCAUGGAGUGAAAAAGAAAGUAAAGAAAAUUCUUUUAACCGGUCCCGAAGUUCCAGUGUCUCCAGCAUUGACAAAGAAUCAAAGGAAGCUAUAACUGCUCUAUACUUUAUGGAGUCCUUUGGCCGAAAGAUGGACUCUACCCUCUCACCAUGCCUAUGGGUUGGUACCAGUUUGGGUACAGUGCUAGUCAUCUCCUUGAACAUUCCUCCAGAGGAACAAAGGCACUCUGAACCACUCAUGGUUUCUCCCAGCGGAACAGUGUUAAUGUUGAAAGCAGCACUACUAACAUUUUCCUCCUUGGAUUCUCUGGGUGGUUUAAUACACCCCCCAUAUGAGGUGUGGAGGGAUCCAAACAGUGAAGAUAAAGAUGAUAAAGGACGGAAAAGAAAACUAGUAACAUUUUCACCAUCUUCAUCUCAUGAGAUGGGGGAUCACCAGUAUGUAAUCCUGUGCUCAGAGAAACAGGCCAAAGUCUAUUCCCUUCCUUCACAAAGCUGUCUGUAUGUACACAAUAUCACGGAGACUUCCUUUGUGUUACGAGCAGAUGUCGUAUCUAUGUGCAACAGCAUCUGCCUGGCCUGCUUCUGUGCUAAUGGACAUAUAAUGACCCUAAGCUUGCCAAGUCUUCGUCCAUUGUUGGAUGUAAACUACCUGCCUUUAACUGAUAUGAGAAUAGCACGGACUUUCUGUUUUACAAAUGGUGGGCAAGCCCUGUAUCUAAGCUCCCCGACAGAAAUUCAGCGAAUUACUUACAGCCAAGAGAUGUGCGAAAACCUUCAGGAAAUGCUUGGAGAUUUGUUUAUUCCCAUUGAAACCCCAGAAGCCCAAAACAGAGGCUUCUUAAAGGGGCUUUUUGGAGGAAGUGGACAAACUUUUGAUAGAGAAGAGCUAUUUGGUGAGGCUUCAGCAGGCAAAGCAUCUCGGACUCUUGCCCAGCACAUUCCUGGACCUGGUGGACUUGAGGGAGUUAAGGGUGCGGCAUCUGGAGUUGUGGGUGAUCUAGCUCGUGCUCGGAUUGCUUUGGAUGAACGUGGGCAGAGACUGGGCGAGCUGGAAGACCGAACUGCAGCCAUGAUGGCAAGUGCAGAGACAUUCUCUAAACAUGCACAUGAGAAUACAGCAGCUAGUGCCGAUAAAAGUAGCGUGACUUCAGAGCGGAUUCCCUUUGCUGAUGUCUUCAAGGUUUCCUCCGCUGAAUCAGUUUGGAAGGAUCCUUCAUAG